CAUCUCCUCCGUUCACUUCUAGGGCCUCAGCCACCUCCCGCUCCCACGCUAGACAAACACUUAGCUUUACAAGGUAGCACAGACCUUAUCCAAGCCUUACAGAACCUAUACAUCCCUCCAGCAUUGACCUCAAACUACCCCUCCUACUCGGGCCCUGAAAACCCGACUUUAGACAGCCCUUUCACACUAGCAGACUUAGACUUGGCCCUAGCAAAAAACUCACGAAAAUCAGCCCCAGGAGAAGAUACCAUCACGUACUGCCUCCUCCGUAACCUUCCAGAAGCGAAUAAAAAACAGCUCCUGACCUACAUAAAUGAACAUUGGUCGGAGGGUACAUACCCAAAGGAAUGGAAAUCUUCUACUAUUAUCAUGAUCCCCAAACCUGGAAAACCCCCAUCACUUAAUAACCUCCGUCCCAUUUCCUUAACCUCUUGCGUGGGCAAGACGAUGGAGCGGAUGGUCCUCGAUCGUUUUCAAGAACAUCUUGAAGCCACUGCAUUCCUGCCACACACCCAAAUCGGCUUUCGUUCCCAUGUUUCCACUCAAGACCUAUUCCUUUUACUCCAGCACACAUUCCUCUCCCCAUCUUCCUGUCAGGUGCAUGCGCUCGUCACAGUAGACGUUCGCAAAGCAUUUGACAACAUAAGUCAUGAUCACAUACUCGCUUCAGUUCGAGAAACAGAAUGCGGACAAAAUUUGUAUACCUACAUCCAAAACUUCCUUAAGGACCGCACUGCAUGCUUUCGUAUAGGGGGCGAGUUGUCCCAACCACUCUCACUCACACGAGGUACACCUCAAGGGGCUGUCCUCUCCCCUACUCUUUUCAAUCUGGGUAUGGCCCAGCUAGCUCGCUGCCUGCAGCAGAUACCCCACCUUUCCCACAUAUUUUAUGCUGAUGACCUCACCCUCUGGUGCACUCACGGAUCACCAGGGGAAGUUGAAUCUACUCUACAGAAAGGUCUAGACACCAUAACUGCGUUCCUAACCCAAGCAGGGCUGAAACCGGCCCCAGAAAAAUCGGAAUUACUCCUGCUGUCUCAAACCCAGUAUCAGCGCUCUGUAAACCAUCUCAUUUCUCUCUAUUUAGACCAUCAGACCAUCCCGCGAGUAUCCUUAUGCAAGGUCCUCGGCAUCCAUCUCCACGAUCGAUCAAAUCAGGCUAACAUCACUCCGGCGAUAAACACGUGCCACUCGGUAACACAUCUUGUCCGCAGAGUCGUGCAAAGACGUGCGGGCCUCAAUGAAAAACAAGCGAGUCAAUUGGUUCAUGCAUUGGCUCUUAGUAAAAUUCUUUAUUCGGUUCCAUAUUUCACGCUCACACGACAGCAACUUAAUAAACUCAGCUCUGCAUUAAGCACUCUGUACAAGGCCUCCCUUAACCUUCCAAUCCAUACCUCAACGCAAAGACUCUACGAGACCGGCCUAUUCCUUCCCCUCUCCUCACUCCUACACCUCCAUCGUGACCGACAGCUAGCCCGCCUCUCGGGGUCACAUCAAGGGCGCUGGAUCCUAGAACAAGCUGGACUCUCACCAAUUGAUUUUUACUUGCACCUACCCGCUUCGCCAUUGCCCUUUAAUCUGCGUUUCGCUCUUCUGCCCCGCCGCAUGGCUCCGGGCCUGGACGACGGUCGCAGAGAUGCUCAGGCCUUGCAUCAUAAUCCACCAUUUCAGACACAGACGGUAGCCUAUACCGACGCUUCCAUCUUGGACACCGGCACGGCUGCGUACGCAAUCUACAUACCUAAACAUUCCUUACCUAUUCUUCACACGUGCGGUCCAUACAGCGACCCCCCGUCAAUCACCACGUUAGAACUUGUCCCCAUUAUCCAUGCCAUCAUAUCAUUCUCCCAAUUGCCGCGCACGUCCGCUUACACUGUCUACUCUGAUUCUAUGGCUGCUAUGCGCUCCUUGCAACAGAGACAAAUUCCUGCCGAUCUUCGAGAGGACCUUGAAAUGGCCCUACACUCUCUCUCCUCAUCCUCGGUCACGAUUCGAUGGGUCCCUGGUCAUGCAGGGAUAGCAGGUAAUGAGCUGGUACAUCAGCUCGCCCGCGAAUUUCACAGCCGGGCACCUGCAAUCCCCUGGCUAAGCCCCCCGACCAAUGACGAGGCAGCAGAGUACAAAAAAACACUCAAGUUACAUUACAAACAGAUCCGUAUAUCUCAUGAACUUCUACCUCGACCACAUCCACAGCUUAGUGUCGCGCAGACCCACAUUCUCCGUAAAAUCCAGACAAACACCCUCGUCACACCUGCUCGCCUUUACCUCUUCCGCUAUCGAUCAGACCCUUCCUGUCCCAACUGCCCAGCUCCCUAUGCCAAUCAAGAACAUUGUCUCCUUCAUUGCCCGGUCGCCUACACCACCUCAUUUCUUCCUAACCCCCCACCACCCUCCUGGAGUGCAUGGUUGGCGUCGCCGCAACUGGAAGAUCAGCUCGCCCUGGUACUUCAGGCGGAGGAUAUCUUGGGUACUUAA